AUAACCACACUCACCCCCGACCCGGCUGGGCCCCACAAAGCCCAACGGGGCGCGCGGCCCCGCCCCUCGCGGUUCCUCCCCGCCGAGUGACUACAAGUCCCAUCCUGCCGUGCGCUCGCGCACAUUACGCCAGAACAAGAUGGCCGACGCGGCGGCCACUGCCGGGACCGGGGCCUCCGGAACGAGAUCAGGAAGUAAACAGUCCACUAACCCUGCUGAUAACUACCAUCUGGCCCGGAGGCGAACUCUGCAAGUGGUUGUGAGCUCCCUGUUAACAGAGGCAGGGUUUGAGAGCGCUGAGAAAGCAUCUGUGGAAACACUGACAGAGAUGCUGCAGAGCUACAUUUCAGAAAUUGGGAGGAGUGCCAAAUCUUACUGUGAGCACACAGCCAGGACCCAGCCCACACUGUCAGACAUUGUGGUCACCCUUGUCGAGAUGGGUUUCAAUGUGGACACACUCCCUGCUUACGCAAAACGGUCUCAGAGGAUGGUCAUCACUGCCCCUCCAGUGACCAAUCAGCCGGUGACCCCCAAGGCCCUCACUGCCGGACAGAACCGACCCCACCCGCCGCACAUCCCCAGCCAUUUUCCCGAGUUCCCCGAUCCCCACACCUACAUCAAAACUCCGACGUACCGCGAGCCCGUGUCGGACUACCAGGUCCUGCGGGAGAAGGCUGCGUCCCAGAGGCGAGAUGUGGAGCGCGCCCUCACCCGUUUCAUGGCCAAGACCGGCGAGACCCAGAGUCUUUUCAAAGAUGACGUCAGCACGUUUCCACUGAUCGCUGCCAGGCCUUUCACCAUCCCCUACCUGACCGCGCUUCUUCCCUCCGAGCUGGAGAUGCAGCAAAUGGAAGAGACGGAUUCCUCGGAGCAGGAUGAGCAGACAGACACGGAGAACCUCCCUCUUCACAUCAGCACGGAUGAUUCUGGAGCCGAGAAGGAGAACACCUCCGUCCUGCAGCAGAACCCCUCCUUGUCGGGGAGCCGGAACGGGGAGGAGAGCAUCAUCGAUAACCCCUACCUGCGGCCCGUGAAGAAACCCAAGAUCCGCAGGAAGAAGUGAGUUGGAGGCUGGGGCGCUCAGGGCCUCCCCGGCCACCCGAGGUGCCCUCUCCGCCCCUUCUCCGGAGGGUCCGAACCCCCGGGGAGAGCUACUCCGGUGAGAGGAAGUGUUUUCCCUUCUCUCCGUCCUCGCCUCCCGCAUGUACCGCUUGUAGCGUGGAGGUGGAGCAUCCUGCAGGGACCAGCCCUCUCGGCCAGCAGCUGUCCCCCACCCCCCAGAAGGAGAGCCGGCAGGGCCCCCUCCAGGCAGGCUCCAUGGAUUCCUCUUCUUUCUAGGUCCCUCUCGUGAGCUGAGAAGGAAGCCUGCCUUGUACAAAGACACAGACACCACCCUCCUGGGGGGAAGAGAGGGUGGCUGCCUUGGGGUCCAGCUGAGGCUGCCAGGCUCUGACCGGGCAUGAUUUUAAUAGCAGACUCUCUAUUAAGAUUACCUGUUUUCACUGGAUAUUUGAGUUGAAGAAGACACGAUAGUAACAAUGAGGCUUUUUUAAAAUUCACCAGGCUGUACCCUGGGGCAUAGGAGCAGCCAGUGACUUCAUUUAUUAUCAUGGGAUUUGAUUCUUUGAAACCUGGAUACCAGGGGAGGUGCCGGGAAAGGAAGGGCUUUGCCUGCUUUGCUCACUGCCAGACAGACUGGUGGCUUAGUUUGUAUAUCAAGGCCCCUGGACCCCUUUUAUCGACUGACAGUUUGCAGCACCAGAUUAUCCUAGAACAACCUCUCCUCCUCUCCUCACCUGGGCUCCAAGGGCCCUGUUCCGCUGAUCGAAGGUGACUUUCCCUCCUUUAACAUGUUGGAAACAGGAGAUCCACCCUUCAUAGCCUGUGGGGCCGGCAGGAGUCAGGAGCAGACACGGUCACGGUCACGUGGAGGAGGCUGAAGCAGGAGGGCGGCGUUACCUCCCAUCAGCUUGUGAUGAGAGCUCCCUGCAGCAGGGCAGCGCCCUCUGCCGAGAGUUGUCCCUUACUGUCCCUCUAGGGAGUGUGUGCUUGGGAACGACCAAGUCCUGCCCCAUCCCAGGAAAAGAGGUUUUCUUUGACAAGAGCCUACACCAGUGGAUAGAUCGUGCUGUGACUUGACAGAGGAAUCACUGAUUUUACACAGUAGGAAAAGGAUUUGAUGGGGAUGGGUGGGGGGUGGCAGGAGUGAGAUUUUGAAGGCCAGGUUUGGCCUCAUGUUCUGAAAGCCAAGAGACCUGGCCGGUCUGUUGGGCGGCCGGCUGGCUGGAUGGCCAUGUGCCCACUGACGGCGGAAGGGGGCCGAGAAGAGCCUGCAGGUCUGAAUCUGUCCAACCUCCUUGCCCCCUGGGAGAGAAGACUUCAUCCUUGAUGCACCCUCCAAACCAGAAAAGGAAGAUUGCUGGGCAAGUGGGUACUUUUUAGCUCCUCUGCAAAGGAAGAGGUUUUAAAACCAAGUCAGAGGAAGAAAAAUGCCAGUGACAGCUGAAAGUUAACGUGGCGUAAACGCCAAGUUCCCUGGGUCAGCGCCCUAAGGACCAUGCUGAGCUCCCUGGGUACUCGGCUUCCACAGUCAUCUCUUAAUCUUCUGUCCUCCUGGCAAAUUUGAAAAUUCAAAAAACCAAGCAGCUUGACAGCAGGUGCCACGUCCCUCUGGCCUCAUUGUCCUCUGCGCACUUCAUCCCGCUGGCCAGAAGGAAGGCGCUGCUCGUCAGUAACUGAACAGGGGAUGCCGACAGAGAAAAUUGGAGUCCCCAGCUCCUCACCAAAUAAGAGACUUUCCAGUUGGUAGUGACCUGCCCCUCUUGCAGUUGAAAGUAAGUCCGCUUGGGCCUGUGCUGCACCCUCCACGUCUGCCCUUUGGCUCUUGGUGAGGCUUGGCCCGAUGCGUUUAAAUACGGCCCCAGGUUUGAGCCGCGGCAGGUACAGGGCUGAUACUUUCCCGGCUUGCUGCUCUCAGCCGCUCUCAGGAGGCAUCCCCCCAGCAGCUCCUCCUGUGAGCAUCCACGAUGCCCGUCGAAUGCUGUUAUGCUGAAGGAUGAGGGGGGACGUGGAAAAGAAGUGCCAUUUCUGCUGCUGCUGCUUCAGAGGCCGCGCUCUUCUGGAUGAGACAUGGGGAGAUGGUCAGACAGCCUGCAACACUGACGUGACUGUUGUGUAAAAACACUGCGUAAUCCUCAAUGUAUAUUUAUAUUUUUUUAUUUUUUAUAACUUUAGGGGAAUGGGUGGAGGGAAAAAGUAGUAAACAGAGCCAGAUUAAGAAUGUGAUUUAUGAGCGCUUAAUAAAGGUCACAAUAAAAAUCCUAAGUGAAACAGAA